AUGGCGAAGGUUUCGGCAACCUCCCACCAAGAUCCUACCAUUAUCGACAUGAUGGAGAUCAGCAAGAAGCGUCCACCGAAGCUGAAGUCCGCCGACCGGACCGUAUCGAUGCGAAUCGACAACUACUCGCCCGGCGCGGGAGGUGGUGGUACCGGCGGUGGGGGCGGUGGCGUCAUCGUGAGCGGUGCCACCAGUCCCAUAAUGCUCGACAACAGCCUUAUCGUGCAUCACAGUCCCAUCGAGCGGCUAUCGCCGGUUCCGCAUCAGAAGCAACACCAGCUCGAUUCGAAGGUGUUCUUCGUGAAUGAGUCAUCCCCGACGUCUCUCAAGGUGGAAGACUACGGCUCGAACCCUCGGAAACAAUUUCGACGCUCGGAUACACUACACGUAUACUCGCCCUCGAUGCAUCAGCUACGGAAGGCAACAUCGUUUCACUCGAGAAGCAACAGCGGAGGAUCGAAUACGGACGAAAUAGUUGCCGCUCCCAUAAUUAGGCAUAGUAGCGUUCGACACUCGCACAUCCAUCCUCGAGAGUAUCUGGUCAAGCAGGACAGUGGCGGUGGAACGAGUAGUGGUGGUGGUGAGGAAGAAGAAGAAAUUCGCCAAGCUCCAGCAUUUGUGCACUCUCCAAAUGUCAGUGGGAAUCGAAGGAACUGUCAUAUGCACCGGUCAUUCAACGAUCAGCAGAAGCAGCGCAAUGCAGCAUUUACGCGGAGAGAUUCCGUCAAGUUCCACUCACUUGGAGACGACAUGCCCGCAGAAGUUGUAGAAAGAAGUCCCCGUGAAUCGAAAAAGUUCAGUUCGGCUAAUGCAUCGCUUGAGAAUGAAAUCUACCGUUCACGUAGCAAUAGCCGGUCGGAGAAGAAAACGGAAUCGUUCUCGGAUUUUGUUAACCGACAGAAUAGCAAGAAGUACAAUCAAAAGAACAGCACUACCAGUUUAGACCAAGCUUUACCAUACAUUGGCGGAAGUGGUGCCGGAAGCUUCCGUCGGACAGUUCUUCAACAUUCCAACGCACACUUACUCAGUCCCAACCCACCUUUCUCGGACGAGUUUCAACCUCAAAAGUCUCCAAUCUUUGAUCAGAAGAAGUCCUACAGUCUUCGGUACAAGAAUGGCCGGGAUGCCCGAGAAACGUUCAAGGCGAAAAAGUCCAAAAGCUUUAUGAUAGAUCUGGAACCUCCACCAGCCAUCAUCAGUGGCUCCAGUAGUCCUUACCGGAAGGAUAGCGUAGCAUUCACUCCGGAGGAGGUGGACAAAAUUUACAAGGCCUCUCGGAAACUCUCACCCAACAUCAUACUAGACGAUAUUGGACGAGAAAUCAAUCCUGUGCCGAUGGACAUCAUGGACAUUAACUACGGCGUAAUUAUGAAGACCUACCAGAUGAACCGGGAAAAGUCACUGCGCAAAAGCCGACGGAAAACAGACAGUAAAAAGCCGGAAUUCGACGAAGACAGCGAGUCCAACAGAAAGCGCAAGCGGAUAGCAUGCAUUGUGAUGUCCGUGUUCAUAGCCUUAGCGAUAUUUAGUAUCCUAGCCGUCAUUGUGACGCUCACGCACACCAGUGCCGGCCCGUCACAGACAAAGCCUAGCUACACCUUCGCCCGGGAAACGCCAAUCCACGCCAUUCAUUCGCCAUACAUGAUCCCGAAGGAUUCACCCAAACACUAUAAUGGUGGCAAUUGAUGCGGUAGCAAUCGUAGUAGGCCCUUCAUCGCGUCGUCACCCGAGCG